UUUCAACCAGACCAAAUCCCUCCUCCUCCUUCGCUCUCUCUUCUCUUCAAACCCAACUCCGUCGUCUCUCCAAAGCUCUUUUUUUUCGUCUUUGGUUUCUGGUUUUGUGAAUUUCUCGUUUGUGGCUCUGUUUUUUGUUUUUUAUUUGUUUGUUUUUCUGGAUUCGUGAAUUUUGGAUGCUAUCUGUUGCGGAUUUGGGGAUUUUCUUUCCGUAACAACUUCUUUCUCGGAAAAUUCGGCGAUGUGCGGAUCAAUCUUCAAUCAGUUGUUGGAUUUGGGUUCUGGAUUUGAGAUUUUGUCAGGGUUUUUCAGCUAUGUUUGAUUGGAACGACGAAGAGCUAGCAAACAUAAUAUGGGGUGAGGCUGCUGAUGGUGAUGAUCAUAUUGUGCCUUAUCCGGAGGCUAGUGAAAAUUAUUAUGACAAGAAGGAAUGGAAUCAAGAAACAGUAUAUACAAAGCUUGUGGAGCCUAAGUCUCUCGGGACUAAUGUUGAUGAUACCCGAGGAAGAAAGCUGGAAAGCAGUCCCCACAACGAAGAAGGAACCUCUGCCUCGAACCUCAUCAAUGACCCCCCGGGUGACUCAUCCUUGUCUACACCUUGCAGAAUUGAGCAGGAGUGUAAGGCCACUGAAGUGUCUCAUGAAUUAACUGAAAAUGGCAAAUAUAAUUCACCAAGACAUGCUGUGACGACCAAAGAUGCACAAAAUUUUCAAAGUACCGAAGAAGGUAAAGAACAGGCUGAUUUUGUUGACUAUGGAUGGGCUAAUAUUGGAAGUUUUGAUGAUCUAGAUAGAAUUUUCAGCAACGAUGACCCAAUAUUUGGCCAAGCAAGUCUCAGUGAUGCUGAUGAGCUAUGGUCUUCUUCUUCAAAAGAAAUGCCCAACAGUCCUAUAAAACUAUUCCCAACAUUGGACUCGCAAAAUUUGGAGUCAGGAGUUGACACUCAACAAAACAAGACUCCCGAGAAUUUGAAACAAAAUGAACUAUUAUCUACUCUUGCCAGUGGAAGGGUCGUUGAUGCUGGAUCCCUUGGGUUGCAGACUGGAGCUGCAAUCUUGACGAAUGUAGAUGGAGAUACAAGUGGAGCUAUUGCAAAGGAUCGGACAGAUUUGGAGAAAAUGGUAAGGCCAGCUGCAGUCACCCUUCACCAAAGAACUGAUAAUAUUGCAACCGCCAAUGAGUUUUCAAAUAAGAUUGGUAGGCAGAAAAAACUGUUAAAACCUCGUAGAAGGGCUGAGGGGAAAAGUGAGGAGAAGAUUUUUCAAGAUUUUCGUGGUAACUGGCCUUCAUCAACGAACCCAGCUGGUCAGUUCGAUAACAAUUUAGCUCUACAACUGGGAACAUCUUCAGCUUCAAUUAACACUGAAAAUCGGCAGCUUCAAGGAGUUGAGUCUUUACAAUACCAGCGGACUUCCAAUCCCUUGAUCCACCAGCCGUUUUAUGCAAUUGCUGCAAAUUCAUAUCCUGCUGUACCUUUGCUAUCCCAAAUUCAGCCCGGGGAUCUCCAGCAUCAGCCUCUUCAUGGUCCUGAUAUUUCCCGGGGUGGCGCAAAUUGUGUGGACAAGUCAGCUGAUGGUUUUGUGAAGUCUCUGACCAUGACACCUCAAGAAAAGAUUGAAAAACUGAGGAGAAGGCAACAAAUGCAGGCAAUGCUUGCCAUUCAGAAACAGCAACAACAGUUCAAUAAUCAAGUCUCUACAACUAGUCAAUCCAUUUCCCGAAAAUGUCCCCAAGAAAUUCAGUCUCAGCACAUUGAGAAGGCUGAUCUUGAUUCUGAAGAAAUAUACACUCUUCCCACUCUAGAUCCAAAAUCGCCUUUAGAGCAAGAUGAUUCUAAUACAGUCUCCACUGCUGUUGAUCACCAUUCUAUGGAAGAUGCAAUUCUUUGCAGGCUUCAAGAAAUUAUUUCAAAGCUGGAUUUCAAAAUCAGACUUUGUAUCCGGGACAGCUUGUUUCGGUUGGCUCAAAGUGCGGUGCAAAGAAAUUAUGCUAAUGAUACAAGUAGCUCCAACAAAAUUACCAGAGAUGAGCAUGACAUUGCUGCAAAGGGAGAAAUCAAUAGUCAUUGUAGAGUUGCUGGAGUGCCGGAUGCUGAAACAGAGACCAACCCCAUUGAUAGAACUGUGGCUCGUCUGCUCUUCCAUAGGCCCUUUGAGUUGUCACAAAACUAUCCCGACGCACCCGAAUCCCCUGUUGCCACCAAGCUUUCUUAUGAGCAGAAUGCAGGUUUGAAGACCUUGCCAAUGGAACUUUUACCUGACAGUGCGUUGUUGGGCAAACGUCGUAUUUCCCAGGACGGGUCUAAAAACUCUUGGAUGUCGGCAGAGAUGCAGCAGAUUAAAACUAGUCCUUGCAUGGACACUUCAGAUAACACGUCAAAUACGGGACUGGUAGAUGAUGCAGUUCUGGAGUAUGAAGCCGCCUCCCAGUGAGGAAAUAUGCACGUCGGUAAUAUCAUACGAUCAUACAAACCGAUGUCGUGGGGAGCUUCAAAACAUCGACCAAGUCAUGGAUCUUGAAGUAUCAAAGCCUCAGAAUGUAUGUGUCGAAGUAUUGAAAUCUCGGAACAUACAUGUGUAUGUGUAUUCAGAAAAAAUAAACUCGGAACAACGAUUUGGAGACCGAUUUGUCUGUACCAUAACAUACACCAGCAAGGACUGGAUUGUGUUAUUAAUGUGAUGCUAUGUUUGUAGUGCUGUGAGCGUUUGGAUGUGUUACUUCAGUCAGUCAUGGAAGAUUGAAACUUGACAUUAGAUCCUAUUAUUCAUCACUGCAAACCACUGCAAACCACUGGAGUUUCCACAAAGAGGAUGGUUCGAGUCUGGUAAAAAGUGGCUCAAAUUGUUAGUACAUUAUUUUAUUUCAGUAAAGGGGAAUCGUGGGAGUUCGAAUU